AUGAAUAUUUACCAAGCCAAAAGAAAUUCAAUAAUCCAAUAAGAAAGUCAUAGAACUCAAAAUAAUUAUCCACUUGAAACUUAAAAUAAAAAGGAUGUUAUAAUAACGAAUGAUAGGCAUUCUGGUUGUAUUGAAAGAAUCUAAAUUUUAACAUAAGAGCUAGAUAGAAUGAGUGAAGCAUUAAGAGAAACUAAUUAAUAAGUCUUAUAUUUAUAACAAGAAAUAUAGAAACUAAGAGUCAUUUAGGUAAAUAUAAAAUUAUCAUCUACAGCCAUCCUCUAAUGAUGAUUUAAUUCAAAAAAUCUAAUUUGAAAGAUAAAAGCUGGAUUAAUUUCAAUAGAAAAAAGAAGAAUAAUUAAAUGAAAUGGAAAAUAAACUUAAUAGAUUACAUAAAGACCUUUAAGAUGAAAGGAUAUAAAAAUUAGACUAUGUCAAUCGCUAUCAAUAACAAUUAGAAGAAGUUGUGAGAUUGCAAAAAAAUUUAGAAAAAUCCAAAUAUCUACCAAAUGACCUAGAAACAUCAAGCUAGUAAAAAAAUCAAUUUCAUCUUCAAAUUGAAGAUUUAUAAAAUGAAAAUUAGGAUUUAAAAUCUAAAAUUAAUACUUUUUAAAAUACAAUUCUCUAACAAAAACAAAAGAUUGCACUUCUUGAAGAUUAAUUAACUUAAUAAUAGUCAUACUAGCCUUUCUCUUAGGGUCCUCCUUUUUAUUAAUUACCUUAAAUUUAAUAUCAAUAAUCAAAACCCUAAACUUCUAGUUAUCAAAAAGUAAAAACAUAUCAAAUAGAAAGCAAGGAAACUAAUAAAGCAACAGAAGUAAAAACGUAAGUGAUUCAAACUCUUAAUGGUAAAACUGAUGUUUAUGAAUACUCAUCGAUUUAAGACCCAAAUAACCCCAGAAAAUCAUUAGCCUCAAGAUUAGAUUAAAUAAAUAUUUAACCAUUCUCUAACUUUGAAACAAGAAAUUCUAAACUUCAAAAUAAUAUUUCAUAAUCCUCAUUUUAAAAAGGCUAAACAUAUAUUUCUGAUUAAUAUAAAAAAGACUUUAAUGAUUUGAAAAAUUAAGCAUAAAUUGAGAAUAAACCUGUAACAGAGUACAAAACAACUGUUUCAACAAGUAAUAAAUAUUCUAAUUAUUGAGUUAUUAUUAUUUUCAUUAUAGUAUUUUUUUUUUUUAUAUAAAUCAAUUCAUUUUUAGUACCGAGAACCAGAUAUUUGCCUAAGGUGUUUUUUUAGCAUAUUAAAAUUUACAACUAUNAGCUAGAUAGAAUGAGUGAAGCAUUAAGAGAAACUAAUUAAUAAGUCUUAUAUUUAUAACAAGAAAUAUAGAAACUAAGAGUCAUUUAGGUAAAUAUAAAAUUAUCAUCUACAGCCAUCCUCUAAUGAUGAUUUAAUUCAAAAAAUCUAAUUUGAAAGAUAAAAGCUGGAUUAAUUUCAAUAGAAAAAAGAAGAAUAAUUAAAUGAAAUGGAAAAUAAACUUAAUAGAUUACAUAAAGACCUUUAAGAUGAAAGGAUAUAAAAAUUAGACUAUGUCAAUCGCUAUCAAUAACAAUUAGAAGAAGUUGUGAGAUUGCAAAAAAAUUUAGAAAAAUCCAAAUAUCUACCAAAUGACCUAGAAACAUCAAGCUAGUAAAAAAAUCAAUUUCAUCUUCAAAUUGAAGAUUUAUAAAAUGAAAAUUAGGAUUUAAAAUCUAAAAUUAAUACUUUUUAAAAUACAAUUCUCUAACAAAAACAAAAGAUUGCACUUCUUGAAGAUUAAUUAACUUAAUAAUAGUCAUACUAGCCUUUCUCUUAGGGUCCUCCUUUUUAUUAAUUACCUUAAAUUUAAUAUCAAUAAUCAAAACCCUAAACUUCUAGUUAUCAAAAAGUAAAAACAUAUCAAAUAGAAAGCAAGGAAACUAAUAAAGCAACAGAAGUAAAAACGUAAGUGAUUCAAACUCUUAAUGGUAAAACUGAUGUUUAUGAAUACUCAUCGAUUUAAGACCCAAAUAACCCCAGAAAAUCAUUAGCCUCAAGAUUAGAUUAAAUAAAUAUUUAACCAUUCUCUAACUUUGAAACAAGAAAUUCUAAACUUCAAAAUAAUAUUUCAUAAUCCUCAUUUUAAAAAGGCUAAACAUAUAUUUCUGAUUAAUAUAAAAAAGACUUUAAUGAUUUGAAAAAUUAAGCAUAAAUUGAGAAUAAACCUGUAACAGAGUACAAAACAACUGUUUCAACAAGUAAUAAAUAUUCUAAUUAUUGA